AUGUCUUCAGAAGCUGUAUCUGUAACACUCGAGGAGCUCACAAAGGGGCUUGAUUUCGAUACGUUGAACAAGGCAUUCGGCCCCGAUUCUCUUGGUAUAAUCAUAGUAAAGGAUUUACCUGAGCACUUCAAGGCGUUGAGACACAAAGUUCUUCAAAGUAUUUCUGUUCUUGCCAACCUACCACAGGAUGAGUUGAAGAAGUUAGAGCUGCCAGAAUCAAUGUGGCUCACAGGUUGGUCCUGUGGCAAGGAAGUCUUGAGCAAAACAGGAGAGCCUGACUUCAACAAGGGCUCUUACUAUGUCAAUUGUGCGUUCUACAAGAACGACCAGCUUGAGGGUCCAGAGGCCGCUUUAGUGGAAAAGUUCAAAGACUUCAAGACGUACGUUCUGCCAAAUGUGUGGCCGGCAGAUACAAUAGCUGGGUUAGAAACGUUCAAGGCUGACGCCAAGCAGUUGAUAAACCUCAUCAUCAGCACAGCGGAAAAGGUUGCGAAGAAUUGCGAUCACUACAUCAGCAUGCACAUUGAAAAGUACGAGAAGAACUUUCUUCAGAGGAUUAUCAGGGAGUCCACGUGCACAAAGGCCCGCUUGCUUCACUAUUUCCCUAACAGCGGUGAGUCGAAGGGUAAUAACGACGAUUGGUGUGGUGAACAUCUCGAUCAUUCCUGUCUCACCGGGUUGACUUCUGCUCUCUUCCUUGAAGAGUCCAAUGGUACCACCACGGCUUUGCCCAAACUGCCUGACCCUGAAGCUGGUUUGUACAUUAAAAACAGACAUGGGGAAGUACAAAAAGUGAAUAUUCCCAAGGAUUGCCUUGCUUUCCAAAGCGGACAGGCUUUGCAGGAGAUCUCUAAGGGUUUUUUCAAAGCAGUCCCCCACUAUGUUCAAGGAACAUCACUUCCACGCAUAGCCAGGAACACUUUGGCAGUUUUCUGUCAGCCAGAUUUGGACGAGAUGGUGAACGACACAGAGAACUUUGCCCAGUUUGCUCAGAGGAUCGUUUCUGGGAACCACUGA